AUGGAAGAAAAUGUGUCAGAUGAUCUGAACAUCCCCAUUGCUCACAGAAAAGGGGUACGCUCUUGCAGUCAAUAUCCCAUUCAUAAUUAUUUGAUUUACUCAAGCCUGUCUCCUACAUAUAGAUCCUUUAUCACCUCCUUUGACCAAGUUCAGAUUCCCACAUCGGUCCAGGAAGCCCUACAGAUUCCUGGUUGGAAGGCUGCCAUGAUGGAAGAACUUAGAGCACUUGAAAAGAAUGAAACAUGGAUCCUCACAGAUCUACCUCUUGGCAAACGUACAGUUGGUUGCAAAUGGAUCUUUUCAGUCAAGCUUAAGGCGGAUAGAAGCAUUGAAAGAUUCAAGGCCCGCUUAGUGACCAAAGGAUUCACUCAAUCCUAUGGCAUUGAUUACCAAGAGACGUUUGCUCUUGUUGCUAAGUUGAACACCAUCUGA